UUGGGAAGGAAACAAAACACCCUCUGCCCAGGAGGGAGAUUUCCUCUCCCCAGCAGCCCUGGGACCCCAGCGGGGCUCUGGGCACCCGCAGGACACUGCCACCACCCCUGUGGCAGGGAGCAGCUGGCACCAGUCUUAUGGCAGAAUGUGGGGGACAGCGGGCUCGGGGGCACGGAGCAUCCGUCCCUACCAGUCCAGCGGGCAGUACCUGUACGCCAUGAAGGAGGACCUGGCAGAGUGGCUGAAGGAGCUCUACGACCUUGACAUCGAGGUGGGCACCUUCCUGGAGGUGCUGGAGACGGGGGCUGUGCUGUGCUCCCACGCCAACCACGUCACCCAGGUGGCCGCGGAGUUCGCCCGUGCCUGCCCCGAGGUGGCCCAGCGCCUCCACCUGCCCACGGCCGGCGUCCCCUGCAACCUCACAGCACAGCCAGGCACCUUCCAGGCCAGGGACAACGUCUCCAACUUCAUCCAGUGGUGCAGGAAGGAGAUGGAUAUCAAAGAUGUCCUGAUGUUCGAGACAGAGGACCUGGUGCUGAGGAAGAACGAGAAGAACUUCGUGCUGUGCCUGCUGGAGCUGGCACGCCACGCUUCCCGCUUUGGGAUGCGCGCCCCGACCCUGGUGCAGAUGGAGGAGGAGAUCGAGGAGGAGCUUCGGCAGGAGCUGGAGCUGCCUCCCCCAGAGCCCGCCCUGCCCCGGGCCCCCAGGAGGGCACGGGGCCUCAACAACCUCGACCAGAUGGUGCAGCACCUGGUGAGCCGCUGUACCUGCCCUGUGCAGUUCCCCAUGGUCAAGAUCUCCGAAGGCAAAUACCGAGUGGGGGACUCUGACACCCUCAUCUUCGUCCGGAUCCUGCGGGAGCACGUCAUGGUGCGGGUCGGGGGCGGCUGGGACACGCUGGAGCACUACCUGGACAAGCACGACCCGUGUCGCUGCACCUCGCUCUCUCACAAGCAAGCCUGGAAAGCCCGGAGCCCGCAGCAGCAAGUGCAGCACGAGGUGCGGCUGUGCCCGGGCGCCCGCAGCCCCCAGCCCGCGCUGCUGGUCAGCCGCUCCCAGAGCCCCCUGCCCCCCGUCUCCUGGGGGGCCCGGUGCCCUACCACCCCCUCAACAGAGGGCUCGGGUCGCCAGCCGGGUGCCAGCCCUCACCCGGAGCCCCGGAGGGUCCCUUCGGGCAGGAUGCGGGAGCCCCGCGCUGUCCCUGCGGGGAGGCAGCCGCCACCACCCCGCUCACCGGCCCGGUGCAGCUCCCCUGGGCACGGGGCGAGGGGCCGGGCACCCCCCCCCUCCCGGCUGAGCCUCCCGAACGGCGCGGGGGCCCCCGGGGCACCGCAAGGGACCGGCCCGGGGGAAUCCGGCCCGGGGGAAUCCCGGAGCCCGGCGGCACCGGCGCGGGGCAGGCCCGCAGCACCCGGCCCUCGGCCGGCACCGGCGCCUCCGAGAAGCACCCAGCAAGGGGGAAAGUCAUCUGGGCUGGCUGCCAGGCCACGGGAAACGGGGACACCCAGCACAGCCACACCCCGAGCCCCCAGCCCCUUAAAGGCCCGUGCCCCCAGUCCCCUAAAGCUCUGCGCCCCCUCCUCGCACCGGGAUGCUCCGGGAGACUCCCAGAGCCUGGAGACCCCACGGGAAGGGCAGCAGGGAGCCCUUGGCCGGGGCCGACAGCCCUCACCCCGAAAUUCCUGCAGCCGACCCCCCAAACCGGACAGCAGCGUUAAACCGCCCCCCACAGCCGGCCCAGCCGCCCCCCGGCCCCCCACCCCUCCGGGCCGCUCUGCAGGGGGGUGCAAGCUCUGUGCUGCUGGGGAGGCUCCCCAGGGGAGCCGGCAGUGCCCCCCAGCCCCGAGCCCGGGGGCUGCGGCUGCUGAGGGACCUCGGCAGGCAGAGCAUGAAGCCGGGGCAGCCUGCGGCCCUGGCGGUGGGGCCGGGGGGCUGCGGGGGUGCUGCGGGAUCACGCAGCCCCCCGGCUAUGGCAGGGUGCUGGAGGAGCUCUCCCGCGGGCCGCAGCCCCUGCGCCCUGCGGGGACGUGGAGCCAGGUCCCCAAGAGCCCCGCAGGAGCGGCCCCGCAGCUCCCGGCCCCGGGGGAGGCAGAGCGGCCGGGGCUGGGGGGCCAGACCCCGCGGGCCAAGCCCCGGCGCUGCCUCAAGAAGCCCGAGCGUGUGCCCUCCAUCUACAAGCUGAAGCUGCGGCCCAAGGUGCGCCCCCGGCGGGACCACCGGCCGGGCAAGCGGCCCUCCCGCAUCCCCACCCCGCUGGGGCAUCGCCCCGCUGCCCCCCGGGGCCAGCACCGACCCCCGGCGCCCCCCCGAGCCCCCCCGGCCCCGCCGCCCCUGCCUGACAGCGGCACCUGGCUGACCGAGGAUGAUGAGGAGUCGUGGGUCUGAGCCCAGCCCGAGAGCCUGUGGGGACGGACGGACAGGCGGACAGACCCCUCCCUCCACAGGCGGGAGCGGGGCUGGAGCUGCAGGUGGAGCUGCAGCGCCCCAGGUGUCCCCGGGCAGCCCGGGGGGCUCAGCUGCACCUCCUCCUUCCCAAUGGAUUUUUCUGUGCUGUAAUCCUGCCAAGCAGGCGCUCUUGCACUGGUUUGGGUGGAAAAACGCAGCCCCGAACUGAGAGAGUGGGGUGUUUUCUGCAGGAGGAAGGGUUUAGCCCCCCUGAAGAGGGGACAGCCCAUCCUUGGCAUCCAUAAAAACAUCUCAUACCAAAAUAUUCCCCAUCUGCACCACGGGACCAGCGAGCUCGUGUUGGCAGCUCCAAGAGCUUCCACGAGUCACACGAGGGGACCUUUGCUGAGCCCUGUGGUGGCCGUGGUCCCCUCUGGGGUGCUGGCUGUCCCCGAGGGUCACUGCUGCACCCCGAGCCCCAGCAAUGCUGCUUGUGCAAUAGAGACGUGCCACAGCUCCUCUA